AAAUGUCAUUGCAAAAUGCUUUUGUCUCUGAUGCUCGUUUUUAACGCUCCGGAAAUUUCCAACGCGAUCGAAGGCGUCAUUUGGAAUAAGGGAAAUGAACGCUUUAUACCGAUUUUCAGUGUUUCGUCUUUUUUGAGCGAGAAAAAUGAACGAACCAGGAUGAUUCGAGAUUUGGAGAAUCACAAUUUUCAAAGGGCUAGAAUCACCGUGGCAUAUUAUCAAGAAAGAAAUGUAGUGAGCUUCGACGACAAUGACACUGAAAUAAGUGGCGUAUGCGGUGAUCUUUGGACGAUUCUGUCGGAUUAUCUGAAUUUUACAUUGGUUCCGGUAAGGCUGGAAGACAAACGUUUCGGUACGAAGUUGAAAAACGGUAGUUUUGAGGGAUUGUUAGGAAUGAUCGAACAAAACAAAGCUCUUGUUAUUCCCAGAACUGGUGUGUUCAUAAAUAGACUGUCACUACUGGAUUAUACUCUGCCAUUGUGGACAGUUCGAUAUUAUUUAUACAUAAGACCCGAGUGGAAGCAUGAUGAAGCAUGGAUAUUCCAUUUAUUCACUGUAAAACUUUGGUACUCGAUACUUCUAUCGUUUUUAGUGAUAUGCAUCGUAGGGUACCUAUACGAAAAAUAUACAAAUCUCAAGGGAAUUCGUGUACAGCAUCAAACUAACUUUCAAGAUCAUCUUCUUUACAUGGUUGCUCUUGCUUCUUCUCGAGGAGGUAUUCCCAGUCAUUAUUACUGCAGAUCAAAAAUUGUGUAUAUCACCACAACCAUGUUCUCUUGGUUUAUCCUCAUUGCUUUCAGCUCCAACGCUAUAUUCCUCAUGAUGAACAAAAAAUAUAUUCUUCCAUUCACUGGUUUAAGAAGCUUGAUUCAGAAAAGCAAAUACGAGGUCAUUGCCUUCAGUGGUUCAAUGGUUCACGAGGCCUUUGAUAAGCUAGUGUCCAGAUAUUACAAACGUACUAGCGACGCAACUCGAGUUUCGUAUACAUCUAGCACUUUCGAACUGUACCAAAAAGUCUGCUUCUCAAACAGCAUAAAGUUUGCUGCCUUUGACUCCGAAGAUCUACACAAGGCAAACGGAAAAUACUUUUGCAGACUAGUACAUACUGAGCAUCCUUACUUCGAAACUUGGAUCGCGUCUGCAGUCAAACGAGGAUUUCGAUACAAACGCAGUUUCGAUAACGGAAUUUUAAAGCUAGCAGAAACAGGCAUUUUGGACGGACUGAAAGAUCGAUGGAUGAAUUGGAAAUUAACGGAAAAUGAAGACAAACCUUUUCAGUCGAUUGAUAUCAGUCAAGUAUAUAUGAUAUUUGCUAUAUUGUUCGUCGGGUUUACUCUGUCUAUUUUAUUAUUAUUGAUUGAAUAUGUAAUAUUUUUUCGAUACAAAAUAUGUCGUACAUGCAUCAAAAAAUAUCCCUUCAAAAUGGAGGUGAAAAAAAAUGAGAAAAAGAAAAUAACAUUUAUGUUAAAAUGAUAUCUUGAGCAAAUAUUUAUGUGUACGUAUAAUGAGAAAUAAAAAUGUCUAUAUUUUAUUGCUAAAAACUUGCCCUACACACAAAUCACAACCGUGACUACAUAGCUUAUAAUUCAAAGUCGUAAAAAAUCACAUAAAAAAGUACAAUUGCAUGAUUACGAAUAUCGUUCAUACUAUUUCCUCUAUCAUAUAAGACAUAUGAUAGCAGACAUGUAUUUCUCCGCCUUUAUGGAAACGAGAGUUUAGAAAAUAUUUAAUUUAAUAAAAUGCUUACACUUUUAUAC